GCCCUGAUGGAGGCUGAGGAGCCCCAACACGGAGCGUCGACUCCCAUCCCUGCCAUGGAGGAAUUCAGUGUUAUCCCUGAGGCUCUCACGAGCAGCUGUCAGACCCCUGCCGUGGGUCCUGAAGCCCAGGGAGGCCAAGACCCUUUCUAUAAGUGGGCAGAGGGACACCAACCCUUGGAGACCCAGCAGAGAGAUUUAAGAGAUGUAAAUGACUGUGCAUCCGAAAGUAUGACCUCUUUACCCAAGGAAGCCCCUGAAGAUGUGGAGACCAACCAGGAAAACCUUACGGCCGAGGCCCAAAACACUCCAGAACGCCAGGGUCCAGCAGACAGACAGGCAAAGACACCAGCUCCCCUAGAGCUCUGGGUUUGCCCUGUCCAGGAUGAGUGCCGGGACCCGGUCCCGAUACCCAGCGAGCUGAGCAGCAGAGUGGAGGUGGAAUUUAGCCCAGAGCUCACUGCCUUGAGACUGGGUGCUGGACGAGCAGAAGAGGAGGAGGAAACAUCUCCAGGUACCUCUGCUCAGACGAGGUGCUGGCCUUCCUGGGAAGAGCACCCUGCAGAGAGCCACCCACCACAGGACUCUGAGAGUAGGACCAUCAGGCAGGGGGAAGAGCUGCAGCCCGAGGGCGUGCAGGGAAGUCGAGGGAGAGAAAGGCUUGUGUGUCCCCAGGAGGCCGAGGGGCUGGAGGAGCAGGGACUAGAGGAACUGGACUUUCCAGGGGGAGGGACGCCGGGGGCGGCUGUUUGUUCUGAUGGGGUUUUAGGGGGGCGGAAGCAGGUGGGAGAGCAGGCUGAUGGCACAGAGGGAGGACAGAGACAGAGACAGGAGCAGCUGCAAGAGGGUGCCGGGCUUGCAAAACGAGCGGAAAGAGGGGCGCUGAACGGGGAAUCGGGACUUCCGAAUUAUGACAAGCAGGACAGCAAGUUGCAGGGCCAGGAAGAUCUGGAGCAGGCGGAACAGAGGGAGCGGGAGCCGAGAGGGCCGGGAGAGAGGAGGGUGGACACUCACCGCGAGGGGAACCAGAGCCUGGUGGGUGAGUCAGAAGAGGAGGAGGAGGAGGAAGAGGAGGAGGAGGAGGAGGAGGCGGCGGCGGCGGCAGCGGGGUCAAGCGAGGAGGAACCAGAAUCUUGGGAGGGGGCCGCGCUGCGGGGCGCGGGUGUGGAGAGGAGCACGGACCGGGGGGAAGAGCGCGAUGGUCCUCCCACACGGACUCCGGUGGCCCCUGAGGUCUCUUCUCCCUGCGACCUGCUUCCAGAUACCUGGGAUGCCACAGCCAGGAUUCCUGGGACUCAGACAGAGCCCGGGGCUGAGGAACUGUCCCCGGUAGCUCUGACUCCUACACUGGAGCCAGUAGGACGGUCCCUUCAGGCCAUUUCUUUACCUAGCUCCUUUCCUGUCCGGGAGUCAUCUGACCAAGAAACAGCUCAGGACAGCCGGCAAGAGGGACCCACGCUGGGGGAGGUGGCCGCUGGCAGUGCGUCGGACACCCCUCCGAGGACCCCGGGUUGGGGUCCUUGCAGUCCUGCUGAGGCCUCCACCUGCACGACUGCCUCGCCCUGGGCCAGCCCCCCGGUUGCCGUUCCCAGGAAGAAGCCCUCACUUGCUGCAUGUUCUCCAGACACCUCCGGAGCCUUUUCCUUGACUGACCAGCCACCUCUCUGGGGGGCUUCCGACACCCUUCCGGGCCCCCUCCAUGGCUGCCCCGCUGCAGAGGCCAGCAUGGACCCAUGGGCCAGCCCUCCGAGCCCCCCGGCCACCAGCGCAGGGGCGGCGCGUCACCCCCGGAGCAGCUCCUUCCCCGGCUCUCACAGGACGCAGCCGGCCCCGGACCUGGCGGGCGCGUCGCUUUCCUUCUCCCACUCGGAACUGCCCCAGAGGCCCCCCAAGCCCUCCGUCUAUGGUUCUGUGAUCCCAAGAAGGGACAGGAAAAGCAGCAGGGGCUGCAGCAGCAUCCCAGAAUCCCCCAGUUCAUUGUCCAUUUGGGGGCAGGUCCCUCGAGAAUCUACCCUCAGCCCAGAGAGGCCCGGCAGCCCCCGCAGCGCCCAGCCAUGGGGCUCCGUCCAUAACUCGGCCUUUGCCCCCGGGCUUCCUGCCUAUGGCUCCUCAGCUCCCUUUGUCUUAGCAGAUAUGCCGGUCCAUGAACCUCCACCGCCUCCUCCCCCAGAGCGGAGGCACGUCCACCCCGUGGUGGAGAGAGAUGGCCAUCUCGUUGCGAUCUCCACGCUGAGGCAGUGUAGCUAUCCUCCUCCGCUAGCCCUAAGUUUGGGGCCCCAUGGUCCCCCCAAAUGCCCUCUUCCCGAAGUUCCUGACCCCCUUGUAGCAAGGCAGUACCGACCUCUGCCCUCUACCCCGGACAGUCCCUGCCAUCCUCAGACCUCUUUCUCCCCAAAGCUGAGAUACAACAAGCCAUUACCUCCGACUCCUGACCUGUUGCAGCCCCAGCAUCCUCCUUUGCUUCCUGAUAAUAACCCAAGGAUCUACAGGCCGCUCCCCGCGGUUCCCGUCGUAGAUCCUCUCACUGAACCACCCCCGUUACCCCCGAAGUCCAGGGGGAGGAACAGGAGCAUUCAGGGGGGACUUGUGAGUUCAGGGGGUCCAGCCAAGCCAAGACCUGUUUGUCAGGAGUGGACAGUGUCCACUCCCCAUUCUGCUGGACGUACCUCCUGGCCCCCAGCCACGGGCAGAUCAGUGGACUCGCUGGCCUCCACCAGCAGGAGUAAGAGUGAAGUGGCCCCUGGCAUGGCUUUCAGCAACGUGACGGCCCUUCUGAGUCCCUCUUCACCAACCACCCCCUGGACGCUGGAGCUCCAGGAACCCGUCUCUGAAGCAGGGCUCUCAGAAGGGUCCAGGGCCCACGCUGGAGGAUCUCUGAGAAGAACAGCCCAUCAGGAAGGAGCCAACAGCCUGAGGCAGUCAGAUCUAGGUCGGGCAAGGCAGCCUGAAAAACCUAGCCAUCCUCAUCUGGAGAAGGCAUCCAGCUGGCCCCACAGGCGGGACGCAGGGAGACCAGCGGAAGGCAGCAGUGGACAGGCUGCCGUCUCGGGCGAGGGCUCCAGCAAACACAAGGGCUGGCAUCGGCAAGGCGUGCGCAGACCUUCCAUCUUGCCCGAAGGCGCUUCAGAUACAAGAGGUCCAGCCAUGGAGAAACCCCUCAGCUCUUCCGCCACCAUUGUAUUUCGGGAGAAAAAACCAAAGGAGCUGAUGGGAGGCUUUUCAAGACGCCGCUCGAAGCUCAUCAAUUCCUCUCAGCUGCUUUACCAGGAGUACAGCGAUGUGGCUCUGAACAAGGAGAUUCAGAGUCAGCAGCGGCUGGACAGCCUGGCAGAGGCCCCUGGGCCCGCCUCCCCCCGGCAGCCCCGCCGGACCCUGGUGUCCUCAGAGUCUUACCUGCAGCGCCUCUCCAUGGCCUCCAGCAGCUCCCUCUGGCAGGAGAUCCCCGUGGUGCGCAACAGUACCGUGCUGCUCUCCAUGACCCACGAAGACCAGAAGCUGCAAGAGGCUAAGUUCGAGCUGAUCGUGUCGGAGGCCUCAUACCUGCGCAGUCUAAAUAUAGCUGUGGACCACUUCCAGCACUCAGCCCGGCUCCGGGCAGUCCUUUCCAACCAGGAUCAGCAGUGGCUCUUCUCUCGUUUACAGGACGUGCGUGACGUCAGCACCAUGUUCCUUUCCGACCUGGAGGAGAACUUCGAGAACAACAUCUUCACCUUCCACGUGUGCGACGUGGUCCUGAACCAUGCCUCCAACUUCCGCCGGGUCUACCUGCCUUAUGUCACCAACCAGAGCUACCAGGAACGCACCUUCCAGAAUCUACUGAGCACUAACGGCAGCUUCCGCGAGGUGCUGGAGAAGCUGGAGAGCGACCCCGUGUGCCAGCGCCUUUCCCUCAAGUCCUUCCUGAUCCUGCCCUUCCAGCGCAUCACGCGGCUCAAGCUGCUGCUCCAGAACAUUCUAAAGAGAACACAGCCUGGCUCUUCAGAGGAAGCAGAGGCCACGAAGGCGCACCACGCCCUGGAGGAGCUCAUCCGAGACUGCAAUAACAACGUGCAGAGAAUGCGUCGCACAGAGGAGCUCAUCUACCUGAGCCAGAAGAUUGAGUUCGAGUGCAAAAUAUUCCCGCUCAUUUCGCAGUCCCGCUGGCUGGUGAAGAGUGGAGAGCUGACAGCUCUGGAGUUCAGCGUCUCCCCAGGGCUGCGAAGGAAGCUGAACACACGUCCAGUCCACCUGCACCUCUUCAACGACUGUCUGCUGCUGUCUCGGCCCCGAGAGGGCAGCCGCUUCCUGGUGUUUGACCACGCUCCCUUCUCCUCCGUCCGCGGGGAAAAGUGCGAAAUGAAGCUGCACGGACCUCACAAGAACCUCUUCCGCCUCUUCCUGCUGCACAACACGCAGGGCACCCAGGCCGAGUUCCUCUUCCGCACGGAGACUCAAAGUGAAAAGCUCCGAUGGAUCUCGGCCCUGGCCAUGCCGCGAGAGGAGCUGGACCUUCUGGAAUGUUGCGACUCCCCACAAGUUCAGUGCCUUCGAGCCUACAAACCGCGAGAGAAUGACGAGUUGGCUCUAGAGAAGGCGGACGUGGUGAUGGUGACUCAGCAAAGCAGCGAUGGCUGGCUGGAGGGCGUGAGACUCUCCGAUGGCGAGCGAGGCUGGUUCCCUGUGCAGCAGGUGGAGUUCAUCUCCAAUGCAGACGUUCGUGCACAGAACCUGAAGGAAGCCCAGCGAGUGAAGACCGCCAAGCUACAGCUGGUGGAACGGCAGACCUAGCUCUUCUCUGGGAGGAAUCCCCUGAGCGUAAGGACAGGAUGUCCUCAGAGAGGUCUGGCCCCGUAACUCUGCAAGAGGCCUUCCGCGGACCAAGAACUAGACCUCGUGAGAGCCCCAGGACCAAAGCCAGCUACCGGUUGCUGUCC